AUGGUGUACCGCAAACACGGGUCGAUGGAGCCGGGGGACCCUGCCCACUCGCUCUCCCCCGACCGCCUGGCGGUGCUGACCACUUCAAACGUGCUGGCGCUGCUGCUAAAGCUGAACUACGAGCUGGCGGUCGCCAACAUCGAGCAGGAAAAGAAGAUGGUCGCGGCGCUCAAGCGGUUGCUGCUUGGCCACAUGAUGGACUAUAACCCCGAUGUCCCGAUGGACGAUAUCGAUAUCCACAAUUUGAAAGCCCAAUUUGACGAACCGCUGCCCCAGCUAUUGGCUCAGGGGGCCGAUUGGGACGACGACGACGCCGAUAACGAGUUCACUUGGGGCACCCCUGACUCGCCGGGACGCUCCCCAGGACGGUCGCCGCCUCACUGGAAACAACCCUCGCCCCAAAGGCAGCCCCAGGUACUGCAAUCAGCACCAGCGCUGUCCUCGGCGCCGCUGGUGACGCUUUCACCGCCGCUGCUGGUGGCCCCCACUCUGCCCACUAAGGACGAACAAUUCUACGAUGCUGACGAUUCCGUUGAUAUCAUCGAGAACCCGCUGCGUUUACUCUGGGUGCCGGCGCUGGCCCACCCGGAAAUCGACCCGGAACAGUUCCGUUCCCACGUCCGCCAUCAAGUAGACGAGCUCCAACGCCAAAUCGGCGACCCGCUGCUGCUGCUGCCGCAACUGCUAGGCGGCGGCGCCACCACUGACGGCGACGACUUGUCGAGACUGGCGCUGCUGGCGCUGAUAGGCCGGCUGGCGCUGGUGGGGCGGCUGGGGCUGAUCCACCGCAAUCGGCUGACGCUGCUGAAACACGAUAGCCACCGCUACCUGAACGUGCUGUUAAGAGACUUGACGCUGGAACUCGAGAAGUUGCUGAAGAUCGCCGGCAUGGACGGCACCGACGCCGCCACUUUUGCCCGUACUCUUUCGACGCUGAGUAUCGGCUAUACCGAUGUUGAGCGGCUAGCAAUGGACGAAAUGGCGCUGAGCAACCGUCUCUCGGUGGUCAGUGUUGAGUACGAUAGCGACGAGGACUGGUUCAGCGAUAACGACCUGGACGACGGCGACGGCGCCGGUGACCGCUCGCUGCUGCUGAUUUCAUCCCCGAUGCUGACGACGUUAUUACUCCAACAACGCCUCCAAAUGCAGUUCCAACAGCUGCAAUUAGCUCGCGAAAGAGAGUCGGUGGAGCGCGAUUUGCGUGACCCGCCAACUGAUGGCAUUCGUCGCCGUAAGAGUCAGCGCCACAGUAAGAUCAUCGUCCCUGCUCGUAUCAGUCCUGAUGUUGACUCGGUGCCUGAAGGUUUGGAUGACGAGAUUAGUGGCCCCGAAAUUGUCGUCGAUGAGAACGAAAUCGCUGCUACCUCUACUCCUCGUAAGGAUGGCCCGCUGAGGGAUACGUUCCUGCUUAAACGGGCGCGGCGUACCAACUACCGCCACCCGGGAGGCGAUAAGCUCGCUCCUGCUUCCACUGUGCAAACGCCGCAAACUCCCCCACUGAAUAAGCUGGGAGGUAAGCUUCAGGAACUCCGCAAUAACUUCUUGGGCAGCGCUAAGAUUGGCUCCAAACAAGCGAAACAAGCGAAACAAGCACAAGCGCAAGCACAGCAGGCGCCUACGACGCCUCAACAACACGAGCAGCGUCGCCGCAACCGUGACCUGACCCUUUUGUUCAGCUACCGUAACCCUAACGAGCCCAAGAAUGGAGCUGUUAGUGACAGCAAAAGCCAGCCUCAGCCUCAGCCCCAGCAACAACGGCGUCCUCUGCCGCAGCAUCAACAGCCGCCCGCGCAACAGCAACGGCAGGCGCCUCCUCAGCAUCAACAACAGCCGCAUACCCAGCCGCAUCAACAGCAACAGCCGGACCCUCGGGGGCACCAGAAUAUCCCUGGCGCCGUCGGCGCCAUUGCCAGCGCCUCUCAUCGCAAGCACCAGCCGCGUCAAGCAGCACGCCAAGCGGGACCGUACCCUCAAGCGGCGCCUGGUGCCCAAAGCGGUGGCUGGCCUCAGCAUCAACAACAGCCCCAACCUCAACCUCAACAACGCGGAUACCCCCCUCAACAGCAUAAGAAACAACAGCCUCAUGGCGUCCCAGGGCAGCAGCAGCAGCAGCAGCCGAACUACCACCAGGGCUACCAGCGCCGCCAACAACUGGGCCCGUACCCGGGUCCUCAGCCAGCGCCUAAGCAUCAUCAUCGCCAAGGACCCCACCAGGGACCGCAAGGUCACCAGCAAGGAUACCCAGGACCUCAGUCUCAGCAGGCCCCCCAGCAGCGACACCACGCGCGGUCUAAGGCGCAGCCGAUUGCCAACAGUCAGGUUUCAGGACCCUACCCUCAGGGACCUCCGGGCCAGGGCUACGGGUCGUCGCCGCCGCUGGCUACCCAACAACACGGUCAGAAACCUCAGCAUUAUCAGCCACAACAACAGCGCCGUGGCCAACUACAUCAACAGCAGCAGCAGCAGCAGCAGCAGUACUCGUCUCACCCGCGUACGGCGCAGCUUUCCCAGAACCUCGACUUAUUACGGCUGGAGAUUAACGAGUUCAAGGAGCUGCUUACCAAGUCAGACGACGGCACUCGUGCCAAGAAGCAACCGGCGAACAACGUGGCUAACAAUGUGGCGAAUAACUUGUCUCAGGAAACGUUUGGUGGCGGCGACUCUCAGGGCAACGAGCUGGAUUUCUCAUUUGAGUUAUCCUACGACGAACCCGGAGCGGAAGAACCCGUGGCCAUCGACGACUACUCGCUGCUGGAUGAAGAUGUAGUCGUCCCAGGUAAGCUUGGCGACGGCUACGGUCGCUCAGCUCACCUCCACGACCAAGGCCGCCAACAACAACAGCAACAGCAACAGCGUCCCGUUGAGUACCCCAAAGAGAGGCAACAACCUGUACAGCACUCUAAGCCCUCCCAGAAGGAACCCGUGCGCCUUCAGCACCCGCCGAAGCAGUACCGCCACCAACAAGUGCCUCAUCUGCUUGAUAAAGGCCACGACGCCGAUGACGACCAUCUGAGUGAAGACGAGCCUCAGCGGGUAAUUGACCACCACGCGAAUGCUGACCAAAAGCAGGAGUUGCCUCUGCCGACUUUGGAAGAAGGCGUGGUUCCCUCGCUGGCGUUCAUUGCUGGUGGCCAUGUUCCUAGUGUCCAAGCACCCCCCACCACUAGCCAUCGUGCUAACCACCGUCCUCAGGCUAGUAUCCACAGCAAUGCCAGUACCCACAGCGGCCACAGCGUCCACAGUGCUGGUGCUCACAGUGUACAAAGCACUGGCGCCCACAGUUCUACUAGCGCUACUACUGCCAGUACCUCCAACAAUAUUGGUCUCCUGCUGGCACCCGUUGAAACGCUGACGCCACAGACGUCGCCGACCAAACUCAAGAAGAAGAAGCUGUUUGGCAUUCUUGGUGGCGAGCCAAAACUGCCCACUAAACGUUUGAAGAAGAAGAAGCUGUGGGCGUGGCUCCGUGACCGACUGGUGCUGACCCUGCUGGUAGACUCUCAGAACUUACCUCCCGUGCCUGAUAACGUCAAGGUACCGAGACUGGUGCUGAACCCUGAGGAUGCCUCCACCAGUACUGGCCAUCGUCGUGUGAGCCAGGAACUGGACGCUACCAAGCUGCUGCAAGACCUGAACCAAGGAGUUAGCGUACAACCAGCACCGGUGGCACCGGUGGCAAAGGAGAACAUGAUCACUAAGCUCUUCAAGAAGAAGAACAAGGCUACGGCACAAAAGGAGCAACAGCAACAGCAACAGCAACAACAACAGCCCACUCCACCGACACCACUGGGUGGGUCGCUGGCGCUGAUCCACCUGUUCCCUCUGGUACACCUGCUGGACCUGGCGGCGCUGGCGGCGUCGCUGGAUGGUGGGGACAGGCGCCAACACCUGCGCACUCCUCUGCUGGAAGCACGUCCUCACUACCACAGUGGUGGUGUUGACGUUAUCCCCGCGGUGAACGAAGAGACUGGCAUGGAUGACGGUGCGGUUACCUCGCCCACUUCGCCGCAACAGUACUUGUACGACCCCGUGGUGGCGACUCAGGAAGAACAGGUUAAGCCUAAGCUGAGAGCAGUGAAGGACUCUACUGGUACAGCUCCGACUGUUACGGUAACUCCCGGUACUACUUCAAACGCUGGUACCGGCUCCAACGCCUCCAACGCUGCUACUCCCGUUGAAGAGGAGAAGCCGCUUGCGCUGACACUUGAAGUUCAGGAGAAGCUCCGCAAACAGAUCCGGCGUACUUCCAAAGCCAAUCAACCGAUCGAGUUUACCGAUAGUGCGUUUGGGUUCCCGUUGCCACCACCGCUGCACCUGACUCUUGUUAUGUUGGACUACCGGUUCCCCGUCCAUGUGGAACGUGCCAUCUACCGAUUGCUGCACUUGAAGCUUGCCAACCCCAAGAGGCUGUUAAGGGAACAGGUGCUUUUGCUGAACUUCAUGUACGCCUACUUGAACUUGGUUGACCACACAUUGCACUUGGAACAGCAGAUGCUGCUGGACGUCGACCUGGAUCACGACGACGAGAAGUUGUUUGGUGAACUGGAGUUGGAAGACACGUUUGCCGAGGACGAGCUGGAGCUGAUCCCGUUGGAUUUGGACGACAUGGCCGAGCUGAUCGAGGUGUGA